AACAUUCGCUUUUCUUUGUUUGCUUGUCUCAUCAGGAUUAGAGAAGGACACUCACACGGAGUUCUUUUGUUUAUUCCAUCUAUAUUACGUUAAGAAUCCCACUUGGCGAAAAAGGACCAUCGAAAGGAAAAUAAAAUAGUUAGUCGGCCUAUUUUAGUUGACUUCCAAAUUAUGCGCAACUUUGUGAAUGAGACAGACUGAGGAAGAAGACUAAAGAAUGAGGAAUUUGGAUUUUGAUGAGACCGCAAAACUCUACGACGAAGCUACAGAACUCGUCGCUAAUGGAAACCACGUCAAGGCCUUGGAGAUACUUGAAGAUUUGAUUUUUGCCCAUAAGCAAGCCGAGGACUCAAGUAUUCUUCAUAACGAUCAAGGUUAUAUACUCUUAGAACUAGCGAAAAUACAAGAGAACCCUGACUUGAAGUUCGCAUAUAGGUUGGGUUCCGUUGAAUGCUUUGAAAACGCUGGGAUAUCACCACUCUCUGCAUGUUCUCUCUGCUUUUUAGCCCAAGAGCUUGAGUCAGUGAUGUAUGCCAAGAAAUGCCUGAGCAAAGCGAGAGAAGGUUUACAGUUAACUAACUCAAGCUGCUCGGAUAUUAAAGAAAGGGACGGUAACGUCAAAGAAAUUAUGACUAUAAUAGGUAAAGCAGAGUUCAUCAUCGCUGAGUCCGAGGCUUCUUCUACAAAGAAGUGCGAGCUACUAACUGAUUUGGAGUCAAAGAAGAGUCCAGAGCCGCCGCUUAAGCAUGAGUAUAAAGGACUGAGGUCGUAUUGGUUAGGUUUGGAUGUUAAGAUGAAAAGGGACUUUAUGAAAGUAAGCGUAGCAAAUCUUUUACGUUUUGUCGAGGGAGUAGAACAUUACAAAGCGGAGGGACGAGAUGCUUUGGAGCAAGUUCUCGCUUCUGCAAGGGAAGACAGUAAAUGGACAUUCUGGAUGUGUAGAACUAAAUGUUUGAAGAAGUUCUCUAGUGCUGAAGAAUGUAGGAAUCAUUUUGAACAAGAACAUGCUGCAGAUUUUAAAAUUUCAUCACAAAAGGGUAAGGUCAUGAGGAUAGGAAAAGAUUGGGCUCGUAAGAUAUCUGUUGGAAGUUGGGAACCAGUAGACGCAGUAGCUGCCGUUGAAAUGAUCAAGAACCGGCUCGCAGAUGUGAAAGCGUUUGCAUCUAAGAAUGGAUGGUCCAAAGAAUGGCCUAUAGCUGUGGAUGAAGAGCGGAGUAAGUUACUCAAGGAAGUCAAAUUGCUCCUUGUCUCGUUUUGUAACCGUAAAAUUCUCUCAUGUAGCAUCCGAGACUGGGUGAUGCGUUAUCCACUUGAGCAUCUUGGAAAACUUGGAGUUUCUGAACAGAAUCUUGUCGAUUAUCACAUAGUGGAAACACCUCAGAGUAUAUGUUUUCUAGAAUGCCAUGAACUCAAUCAAAUCCUAGGCUUUCUUAAAACCAUCAAGUGUGAAAGGGAUGAUGGUACAGAUCUGGUUUGCAGAGCAGUGGACAGCGUCUUGGCUCGUACUCAAGUUAAAGAAAAGAUCGACUUUGAUCCUCAGUAUUCGUAUCUGCUUCUGGAUAAAAGACUGCUGAAAAACAAUGAUGCUCCAUUUGAUGAUGAAGGAACAAUCAAAGUUUAUAAUCCAAGUGUUUACUACGCCAAGGCACAUGCUCAUGGAGAUGAUAUCAUAUCCUGGUUAACUGACUACAAUUCAGUGGAUAAGACUUUUCCCAGACCUAUCAGGGAACACAAUUUUAGUAUCUGGGUGGCUGUUCUGAAAGCUGUUCAGUUCACAUGUAGGACUCUGGGGGCCAAAUAUGCAAAGAAAGUGCAGUUCUUGAUUUUUGAUACAGCUCUUAAUGUUGUUGAGAAAUUUUGUACGAUUGAAGAUGAAAGGAGAAGGAAUCUGCCGGAAGACCAGUGGAGCUUAUAUUCAUCUCUUGUAUGUGAUUUUUGUGAAAAGGAAGUUUCUGAAGAUUCCUUCCCUACAAAAUUGUUGUUCUUGUGUGCAAUACGAGAUAUCCUGGAAGGAGCAUUGCAUCCGACGUUUGAUUCCCCUGAUAUAGAAGAUUGCUUGAAUCUUAUACGUGAACGUAAAACUCUCAGUGACAAUAAAGUGUUGAAGUCCGUAUGCCUUCUCAAAUCAGUGGUCACCCAAAAGAUUCUUCUAAUGGAUUCAAAAUUUUUGCUGAUUGAUAAUUCAAGGAUUAGAUUGCUAAACAGCCUCAAAAGGCUUUCUGCUUUUGGC